GUGAGGAGGCGGCAGCGGCGGCGGCGGGGCGGCCCAGCGGGGUAGGCUUCCCCGUCGCCCGCCCCUCCACGCUCGGCCCAAGCGCGCUGCGGCGGCGGCGGCGGCGGCGGGAGCAGCAUGGCCGCCAGCCUCUGGAUGGGAGACUUGGAGCCAUACAUGGAUGAGAACUUUAUUUCAAGAGCAUUUGCUACUAUGGGGGAGUUGGUUCUGAGUGUGAAAAUUAUUCGGAAUAGAUUGACAGGGAUUCCAGCAGGCUAUUGCUUCGUGGAAUUUGCUGAUCUGGCCACUGCAGAAAAGUGUUUACAUAAAAUUAAUGGGAAGCCCCUUCCUGGUGCCACACCUACAAAGCGAUUUAAAUUAAACUAUGCCACUUAUGGAAAGCAGCCUGAUAACAGUCCAGAAUAUUCACUGUUUGUAGGAGAUCUUUCCCCUGAUGUAGACGAUGGGAUGAUAUAUGAAUUCUUUGUAAAAGUGUACCCGUCCUGUAGGGGUGGCAAAGUGGUUGUGGACCAGACAGGCGUAUCCAAAGGCUAUGGCUUUGUGAAAUUCUCAGAUGAACUGGAACAGAAAAGAGCACUCGUUGAGUGCCAGGGAGCUGUUGGUCUUGGUUCUAAACCAAUACGUUUGAGUGUUGCCAUCCCAAAAGCUAACCGGCUGAAGACAGUUGAGUACAAUCAGAUGUACAACUAUAACUAUAACCAGUACUACCAACAGUAUCAGAAUUACUAUGCCCACUGGGGAUAUGAUCAGAAUACAGGCAGUUACAGCUACAGCUAUCCACAGUAUGGAUACACGCAAAGUACCAUGCAGACAUAUGAAGAAGUUGGAGAAGAUGCACUAGAAGACCCCAUGCCCCAGAUGGAUGUGAGUGAAGCCAACAAGCAGUUUAUGGAACAGAGUGAAGAACUCUACGACGCCUUGAUAGAAUGUCACUGGCAGCCUUUGGACAGUGUCUCUUCAGAGAUUCAAGCCAUGUAAUUGCCUUGUUGCUCAAGCACCAUCUCCAAGCAACAUGCCAGCGUGCCCUGGACUCCUGCCAAGCACAUGGAUCCUGCCGCUGCGAGUGGCUUGCCCUGCUCCUUUCCUCCGAAUUCUUAAUUCCAGAAUACAGGGGAGAACUUGCCAGACUUUCUGUAUGCACUGAGGAGCAGAAGAACUUUGUGGUCACUUUUAUUUGUGACAAAACUAAAACCCAGACACUUAAAUUUUUUUCUUUGCCGCCCCCCCCUCCCCCCACACACACUUUUUUGGUCCUGGGACAGAUUGUUCAUCCUUGUCAAGGAAUUGUAAUUUAUAAACUUUUAAAAAAAAGAUGGUGUGGUAGGGAAAGUUUUACUUCCAUGUACAAUAAAAGAAUAUCUUUUACACAGUA